AUGAACGGAGACAGCAACGAGACAACCAAGUCGAAUCAGAUCGCCAGGCUUUUACGACGUCUGAUAAUCACCACGAAAGUUACGUACCUCAACACAGGUCUACCUGCUUCUCAAGUGCUGGUUAAUCUCUUCAGGUUUGACAUUAUAACAAGUGACUGGGUUUUUAUAAAAAAUAGCAUAACCGGGGUGGACGGCACUUGCACGGAUCUAACGGAAAAUGUGACAAGAUUUCUUGAUAGAGGCUUGUACAAGAUUUUGUACAACAUGAAUAGAGAUUCGGAGAGAUUAUACGAGAGUAUGCCGCUGUUCGGCAUAAUCGAAGUAGUAUUUAACGCGGCACAUUAUGGCCAUUAUGACAUAAAAAUACUGGCGAGUCAUUCCGGAUACGUAGCGUAUCGCUCCAUGUGA